CAACAACAAAAAUUUUCACUUUGAUCAUCGUUUACAUCGAUAAAUGAUGCGACUAAAAUAUUGUACCUAAUACUAGUUUUACAAGAUAUUCCUAGUAUUGGUCUUGAAGUUUUCAAGUGGACAGUUCAUGAGCAAAGACAUUGAACAUCGAUGCAGCACUUCAAAAACUGUGGAAGGAUGUAAGAUUGAUACACCAAAAUAUCAUGAAAGAUUGUUAACUAAAACAGGACUCAUUCCAGAAGAACAGUAUCUUAUAAAGAGUCCACAUCUAAAAGAUGGAUCCAUAACAGCCAAUUUAAACAUCGCGGCUGAUCAGAUAAUAGAACACUUCAGACAUGUACUGAUUAGAAACGGAUUGGAUCCGGUUGAAAUACCAAGUGCACAGUUUAAGUGGUUGGCCUGGAACUUCAACUUAACAAAUGGCUGGCUAGAAGAUCUGUCCACAAUAUCGAAAGGAGGCGACGUUUUAGCUACAUACACUUCUAGAACGCGGACCAUCACCAUAGAAUUCCCGCUCAGUUUCGAUUCUUUAAUGUUUUCUUAUAAGUUCGAAAGAUAUUUUAUUUUCCAUCAUCGAGGUGAUAUCUUUGGAAAGGUAGAGGAUGUUAAGAUUGACUGCCAAAUAAGCUUCAAUUAUGGAACUUAUCAGCUUAAGCUUGACCACUUCCAAAUCAAAGAUAAGUCGAAACUGAGCCUACAUUAUAGUGGAACCGGAAUUUUCCAUUGGGUGACAGAAAAACUUAUCAACUUUACAAUUGGAAUUUUGCAUAAUCCUUUGAUAUCUAUAAUAGAAUCUAGUGUCAAAGGACCUUUAGAAGUUAUGCUUAUCACAGUGAAUAAGUACUUAGCAGACAACAUCGUGCCAUAAAUUGUUUAUGCCACGUUAGUUUUAUUUUAUGAUACUAUGAAUUAUAACAUCUCGUUAUUGUAUUUUAAUACAUUAAUAAUAACCUAAUUAAGGCAAAAUA